UUUGUAUUAAAACUCAUUCAAGAUGGCCUCUGCCUUUAAUCCAUUUUUGGCCCCGGCAGAUGAAGCCAUGGCGCCAACCACCACAUCCGGCUUCAAUCCAUUUUUAUCCGACGUUGACUUCACUUCAGCCGCAAGCACUACGGGCGAGAACCCUUUCCUCUCGUCCUACACGCCGUCGAAUGCGAGCACAAACCCUUUCGCAUUCACAGACGAUACCAGCUCCAGUGAUGCUGCUGCUGCCAACUUUUUUACCACAGUUAACGAAGAACACCCUCCCGGUGAUGCGAACUUCUUUUCGCAAGAAGUAACAUCCAAUAACAUUUUUAGUGAUGUUCAAGUCCCGGACACUCAAGCUCCCGUGACGACCGUGGUCGAAAGUGUGACUGACGUUGAUUUCUUCGGUGGCCAAGACGACCUCCUCUCAUCGCAGGACUCGCAUUUGGUCGACCUACAAAUAAGCAAUGACCUAUCACCACCCUUCGGGACCCCUAAGAGGCCACCUCCUCCAAGGCCUCCUCCCUCUAAAGAAACGAAGGACUUGAUCCUCAACGUCACUGGGGCUAUGGAGGCCACCUCUUCCGAUUUACUUGACCGAUUGCAGGCCAACAGAACUCCCAGCCCCACGCCUCUUCGAGACCUACACUCACCGAGUCCCACCCCAGACGCACAAGUACAAAACCUGCUUGGCGAUGAUAUCAAUCAGCCAAACUUCUUCGACACCUCACAGCCAGGUUUCACAGAGGCAAAGUCUCAAAACCUCCUCGAUGACACCGACCUCAUGUCCCAGCCGACGGAUCUAUUCUCCCAGCCUCAACCAGUUCCAGUUUCCAUGCACUCAGAUCUACUAGGGAGUGAGCCACCGGUUCCUGAGGUAACCCCCGCUCAACCCUCUAACAUAAUAGAACAAUCAGCUCAACUAGGUUCCGCUCCUCCGAAACCGAAGCCUCCAAAACCACCUCCUCCGAGCAGACCUGUCGAGUUACCUAAAGUCGAAACCACGCUGGCUACAGGCGACGUCGAUAAGCUGAGCAUUACUUCCGGGGAGGUGCUGCGUAGCGCGGACUCUUCGGCAGAUGUCUCCAUCACCAACGAGCUUCCCACAGACUCCUCGCUGAGGAAGGCGAGUAUCGGCUCGUCCCAACCGACGUCGAGGAAGACCUCUCGGGACUUCGCCUCCAACGACAUCUUCAACUCUCAGGUCCACUCGAGGAAGUCGUCCCGAGCCUCCGUCGACAGCUACAAGGCCCCUUCGGCGGCAGGGUCCCGGAAACCCUCUCAGUCGUCGGGCAAGGACAUCCCGACGCCGGGCGAUCCUCCCGCUUUCGCGUCUCCACACUCGGAGGUGGCGCACACCCAGCCGAGUCCUGGCACCCACUCCGAGUUGGAAAACGACGUCUUCGCGCCGGCUGAGCCGACGAUCCAAUCGGAUCAAGGUUUUCCGCCUCAACAAGUGGAUGCGUUCGGCGCUUCCCAAUCGACUGAUGCUUUCAGCGCUGUUCAACCCGCGGAUGCUUUCGGCACGGUUCAACCCGCGGAUGCUUUCGGCUCUGUUCAACCCACGGAUGCUUUUGGCUCCGCUCAACCAACGGAUGCUUUCUCGAGUGUUCCUCCUGCGGAAGCCUUCACCAGUGCUACUUCGAGGGACGCGUUUUCGAGCGUGCCAAGCUAUGCGGCGCCUCCGAGCACGAACGUGUUCGCCGCGCCAGCGACGACGGUGACUCCGGCUAGGAGUCCGUUCGAUGCUGCCCAGGAAGACGAGUUCGAUGCCUUCGCAGCUAAAUUCGAUAGCGCCGUCACGAAGGCGCCUGCCGCGGAUCCGUUUGCGGCAACGAGCGCAUUUGGAGAUGACUCAGCAGCUCCAGCGGAUGGAGAAUCCGGCUUUGGAACAGGCGACACAUUUGAUGCAUUUUUAGCUCUUCAAGAACCGCCGCCUGUACCUCAGAGUACCCCUGCGAGAGUUCAGAAAGGAGACUCACAAGACUCAGAUGAAGCUGGGGAUGGGUUCAAUGUAUUUAUUAAGCCAAAGGGUGCUCAAGAUGCUCAGUUUGAUGCAGGAAUUUUACCAUCGUUAGCCCCACCACCGAAGAGUCCUCAAGGUAGCAGUGCUUUUCAAGACACGGCCCCUCGAUUCAAUCCUUUCGAUGCGCCAGCUACAACUCCCGGAGAGCUCAUAUUCGCACCACCCUCCGAGGGUGUCAAAGUGGAAAGGACGGAUUCUCAAGAGACGCCACCCACACCUCUGUUUGACGAAGACGUUUCUCAACCUCUGGAGCCUUUUCCAAGGAUUCAUUACACCGGCCUUGGUUGGGAAAUGCAACUCAGGCAGCCUAAUAAGAAAAAGAUCACAGGUCAAAGGUUUUGGAAGAAAAUCUGGGUUCGCCUCGUUUUCCAAGGAGAGACUCCUGCUUUGCAGCUACUGAAUAAGCAAGAGGACAAAGAUCCUUUCCAAGAGUUGCCACUGCAGCCUUGUUACUCUGUAUCAGAGAUUGGUGCUCAACAGUAUGAUAACUUUGGUAAAAUAUUUACCGUCAAACUACAGUUCGUGUUUUACAAAGAGCGACCAGGUAUUCGACCUGGACAGCACACGAAGGCGGAAAGGCUGACCAAUAAACUGAGUCAGUUUGCCGCGUACGCAAUCCAAGGAGACUAUCAAGGAUGCAAGGAAUUUGGGAGCGAUCUUAAAAAACUGGGACUGCCUGUUGAGCACGCUCCACAGAUCUCGCAGUUGUUCAAGCUCGGCUCUCACAACUACGAGGACAUGAAGCAAUUCAGUGUGUGCAUAGAAGAAGCGUUGUUCAAGCUACCAGCGCACAGGGACCGAGCGCUGAACUACAAGAUGGAAGAGGUUCAGAUUACAGCCGUCGAUGAGAUUUACGUCGAACAAACCGAGUUCGGAAUCGUCGAAAAACAAAUCGCAAGAGUUCGACUUUUCUUCCUCGGAUUUUUGUCUGGUAUGCCGGACGUGGAAUUGGGUGUGAACGACAUGGUGCGGCAGGGGAAGGAGGUGGUCGGUAGACAUGACAUCAUUCCGGUCGUCACUGAGGAGUGGAUUCGUCUGGAAGCUGUCGAAUUCCACAACUGCGUUCAACUGGACAAUUACGAAACGAAUAAAACAAUAAGAUUCAAACCACCAGAUGCCUGUUAUAUUGAACUAAUGAGGUUUCGAGUUAGACCACCUAGGAAUCGUGAGCUACCUUUGCAGCUGAAGACAACUAUGUGCAUCACCGGAAACAAGGUUGAUUUGCGGGCUGAUAUAUUGGUCCCUGGCUUCACGAGUAGAAAACUAGGUCAAAUACCCUGUGAAGAUGUGAUGGUACGAUUCCCUAUCCCCGAGUGCUGGAUAUACUUGUUCCGAGUCGAAAAACAUUUCCGCUACGGCUCAGUGAAAUCAGCUCACCGAAGGACGGGUAAAGUAAAAGGUAUCGAGAGGUUCCUGGGAGCAGUUGACAAUCUAGAGCCGCAACUAAUGGAGGUGACCUCGGGUCAAGCAAAAUAUGAGCAUCAGCACAGGUCAAUAGUCUGGCGGAUGCCCCGAUUGCCCAAGGAGGGUCAAGGAGCUUACACGACGCAUAAUUUCGUUUGCAAGAUGAAUCUGACGUCGUACGAUCAGAUCCCCGAGGAGCUGAGCAAAUACUGCUACGUGGAGUUCACGAUGCCCACCACCCAAGUAUCGCACACGACGGUUCGCUCCGUAUCGAUCCACGACUCGGACAGCGAUAAUCCUCCGGAAAAGUACGUGCGGCAUUUGGCACGCCACGAAUACAGGGUUGGCAUUGAAUUCACUCAAGCUGAGGGCCCGAAUGAGUACAUCGCUGCAACAAGGAAAACACAACCGGCGACGAUUCAAGAACAACCCGCUGCCCCUCCACCCGCACCUGAUUCAGACAGCGACUCUUCAGGCUAAGCCGCGGUGCCGUGCUUUUCAAAUAAAACCUUCGAAAUUAAAGUUGUAUUUAAUAAAAAAUUGUGUUUACUCUAUUCCUAUGGAUCUCAAAUAGAUGACAGUAAGAAAAAAUUAUCUUCAUGGGAGUACACUCUAAUUGAAGUAAGUCAGUUUCCUUGAAUAAACCGUCUCGAGAAAAUCAGGCCUUGUUUUUAAAAUCUGGGACAUGUUUUGAAAACUUGAGCAGUAUUUUCUCAUAAUGCUUUUCGGUUAUAAUAUGAUACUAUUGGUGUCAUGGUGAUAUCAGCUUACAAACAGUACGUGGGCAUAAUGUAACUUGGGUUUUCAGUUUAAUUUAAAAUAUUUGCCUGAAAGCUGUAAAAUCUACUUAAUGAAGGAAAUUGAUAAGUUGCCUCUGUUCUCUCCCGAAAUUUGGGGGAAAAAAUUAUUUAAAUUUUUUAAAAAAAAACAUGAAUGGACGGUGAAUACGUUAAAAUGAGUUGAAAGACCGCGCGUUACUUUCUAAUUUUGUUAUUCUUGUACUGUAUGCCCUGUUUAUUUUACUGAUUCUGAAGAAACAUAGGAGGUAUUAUUCCAGGUGUCCUUAAAUCGGUCAACAUAUAUGUUUUUUCUGCAAACAUUUUAAAUCAAAACUGAAAUUAAUGGGAGCCUAUUCCCGGUUUUAAAAUCGGAAUAAUUCCAAAGAUAAUAUUACAUCAUGCAUAAGGGAUACGUAUAGAAACAAAGCGAAAAGAAAAAUAAUUAUUUGAAUAAAAUUUUGAUUACUGUUUCAGAGAACAGGUGCUUGGAGAGCACAGAAUUAAUGUAAUUACUCUCAGUGUCAUCUGCUUGAUACUCUACUAAAAUAACCAUAGGUGAACUUGGCUUUGUCAAUCAUUUGAAGACAAAUCAGGGCUCUCCAUGAAAAUAACUCCAGGUAGAUAAAAAGUGAAUGUAUCGAAAACGUAAAUAUAAUUUAGAGGUUGUGCGAUCUUUGGAUCAAAAUAUACUGCAAUUUCAACAACUUGGAUCUAAUAUACGUAAUAGAAUUGGGAGCCCUUGUAAUUUAAUAGAUUCGUACUUUUUGCUGAUUUCUCUCUCUUUUUUAACUGUAAAAAGCACUAGUUUAGUGAAUGCACUGAAAAUUGUUUUUGAUAUACACUCAGUUAUCUGUGAGAUUUAUUUUUGUUCAAGACAUUUUUCUAAUACAUUUGGUAUCAGUGCAAUAUGUUCUCUUGGAAUUUGCCCUUCGUGAAUUCUUUGUGUGAGCGUUUCAACCGAAUGGAAACAAAAAGUAUUUUUAGUUAAUUUAGAGAUAUAUUAAUACUUGUUGAUAAUACUUAUUUUAAAAGGUAUUUUUGCAUAUCAUGAAUAAAAAGCGGCUUGUGUACUUAAAUAGGGUAUCGCUGAGUUUAUUCAAAUGUUAGAUUUAGGCCAAUGCUGUAAUUUUCAUCAAUUUUCUUUUCUGACCUUCACGAGACUCAAAUGAAAUCAUAAAUACUACAUUUAAUUGUAAGAUAUUGUAUCUGUUAGCAUUAAUCAGUAUCAAUCUGUUUCUUGUAUGGCUUAUUUUAUUUUUCCUCCUAAAUAUAAUCAAUUUCGUCUGAAAACAUAUUCCAGCAGUUGUAUGAGUUUUGCCUGGAAAAAUUCUCAAAACUUCCCCUAAAUAAAUAGACGAAGGCAGCUUAAAAGACACUAGGGUACCUAAUGCUAAUUGCUAAAUUGCAUUAAACCUUUUUUCUAAACUUCCAAAGGCCUUGAGGUGUUUUUUAUAAAUUCGACCUGCUUGGAAAACUGGCUUAUAAUUUCUCUGACAAUGUCACUAGUACUGCGUAUAGAAUAUUGAAAAAAGCCGGCUGUUGUGUAUGAGAUUGUGGCAAUAUAGCUCAUCAUUUCUGAAACUUCAUCCUGAAAAGUAUUUAAAAAAUAGGUACUUUUCAUCAAUGGUCAGCAACUGAUAAGAACGGUACCUUCAUGGCAAAUUACUUUUAAUUUCUCUCCAUUGAUAAUUGAUUGUCUAAGCAAAAUAAAUACUUUUAUUACUCUUGUUUUAGGUUAUAAAGUAACGACAAUACUAUUUUUAGAACAUACCUACUCUUAGAGCCUAUGCACUAACAUUCAAAGAUCAUCCUCUCCCUGCUAAUCCCUUGAAUUGACCAACAAUUACACAAUGCCUACAAAUGUUUUUCCCCCUUGACCGCUGCAUUUGACUGAUUAUGUGAAAAAAAUCAUCGGCUUUCCCCCAAUGUCAGCCUGUUUUUGUUUUUUUCUUAAAUUUAAGAUUGUGUUUUUACGCGGUAUGAAUGUCUUUUCGUUUUGAAAAAAAAAAA